AUGUCAAACAUUGUCUUUCGGGAUGCCGAUACCUCAGAAACCACAUUCCCAGAAGGCUACCCUGACCUCGAACCUGUUCCAUCUCCCCCUACAGGCCAAGAUGACCCUUCCAGCGAGAACUUGGAAGAAGUCAAUCACAAUAUCCUGUUUGGCAUUACUCCUUUGCCGACUCUUGUUGAUGUUCCCAUGACCGAUCGAACUCCACAAUCUCCAAACAAAAUCGAUACAAUCUGUAAUGAUUUACAGGCAAAGCUUGAGCUUGAUCCCGAACACUUGAAGAUUGCGACUAUUGCGGCAAAGUACCCUCCCAACGCAGGUGCCAAACAUGCCUCCUCUGUUUUUGCCAUGGGAGCUUUUAAUCAACUCAGAGUGACUAGAUCUCUUGUAAAUGUUGCUAAUCAUUUGUAUGAUUCAACAUUCAGGGAAUUUGUCAGGAUGAGAACUCAAAUGAUCCUCCUGAUCCCAAACCUGGAGGCCUACUCAAACAACCCCCACAAACAUGAGGUCCUGGCAAGAAUGCUAUUCUACCUUGUCCUUGAUGCAGUUGAUAAACAGCCUAACAAUUGGAAGGAGGAUCACUUCGACCCUUCCCAGUUGCAGCCCAAUUCAGAGGAGGGCCUCAAGCACUACCGAACCACUAUUGCGAUCUCAUCAAGUACAAAGAAGUCAUCUACGUGA